AUGAAUUCUUCCAAUGCACCCCAAGCGGCUGAAUACGGUGGAGAUGAAGUUUCAGCUAUCGUUCUCGACCCAGGUUAUUCAACUACGCGCGCUGGCUUUGCUGGCGAAGACUUCCCAAAAUCCCUAAUUACAACAUACUACGGCAAGUACAACGCCGAUGGGCAAGAUAAAUUGAUCUUUGGAGAUGAUCUCUUCGUCGGGCCGCGCCCAGGUAUAUCCGUCCACAACCCGAUCGGCAAGGAUGGCAUUGUCGAGGAUUGGGACAUGGCAGAGAAGGUUUGGGAGUACUCUUUCACCUCGCGACUUACCGAUGCUGUGAAACCAGGCAAUCCCUUUCAAAAUGGACUGAAUGACGUCUCCAGUGAAGAGCUUCCUACGGAAAUGGACGUGGAAUCUGAUGAAAAACCUCUUCUUGCCGACAGCCCAUUGUUGAUGACGGAGCCUGGUUGGAACCCUGCCAAGGCACGAGAGAAGACCAUUGAAAUCGCCAUGGAGAAAUGGGGAAGCCCUGCCUUCUAUCUGGCACGGAGUGGUGUGCUUUCCGCAUUUGCUUCCGGUAAAGCCUCUGCCCUUGUCAUUGACAUUGGUGCCUCAAACAUUUCUAUCACCCCAGUUUUCGAUGGCUUGAUCCUCAAGCGUGGUGUGCAGCAUUCCCCACUCGGUGGUGAUUAUAUUUCGUCGCAGAUCCGCGCAUUGCUCAAGAGGAACUCCCCACAACCCAUUACCAUCACACCUCAUUACUUGAUCAGUUCAAAGACCGCUGUGGAAGCUGGCCAGCCACCCCAGGCCAAGUACAAAAAUUUAUCUGCCGAUAAGGCACCAGAUGCCUCGUACCGCGCUCUUCUUGAAGAGCGGACAUUGGCAGAAUUCAAGGAGUGCGUCGUGCAGGUCUGGCCUGGCCCGACCAAGCUUUCCGCCACCGGUCCCAACGGCGUUUUGAAUGAAGAUUUGGCUCGCACUUCUCCUCCUCGCCCGUUCGAGUUUCCCGAUGGCUAUAAUCAGGUUUUCGGCGCAGACCGUUUCCGAGCGGUAGAGUCCUUGUUCGAUGCAAAGGCUGCCAUCCCUGACCCUGAUUCACCCUUUCCAGCCCCGACCCAAGCUCAGACUAUUCCCGAGCUAGUGAAAGCAUCGCUCAGUGGUGUGGAUGUGGAUAUCCGUCCCCAUCUUCUGGCCAAUGUAGUCGUGACGGGCGGCUCCAGCCUCCUUUACGGCUUCACAGAGCGCCUGAACCAAGAAUUGGUGGCCCUUUUCCCGGGCCCAAGAGUCCGCAUUUCAGCUCCCGGUAACAUUACCGAGCGUCGUUUUGGGUCCUGGAUUGGUGGAAGUAUUCUGGCCAGUUUGGGUACCUUCCACCAGAUGUGGAUCUCCAAGAAGGAGUAUGACGAGCACGGCGCAAAUAUCGUCGAAAAGCGCUGCAAAUGA